UUCGCUUUUUCUUCGCUCUGGCAGCGGUACGAGCGGGCGUCCAUUUUGUUUCGCCAUAUUGAAUUUGGUCGGACAUCUUUGGACGCCAUGUUUAGUCAGACAUAUUUUAUAAACAUUUUCGCGUAAAUUUCAAAUAUUUUUGAGUACUAAAUAUCGUACUUGUUUUCACUGAAGUGUGUAGAGUAAAUUAUUGUGAAAAUUACCUAGAAAAAUUCAGUGCCUACGCAGCAGCCCAUAACUGUCUUUAGGGGGCCGUUCAGCUUUUGUACAAAGCUAAAUAAAGAUUUAAUGAAAAAUGAUGAACCAGGAGAUUAUGUGCGAAGUAGAGAUAAACUCACAUGGAUCAAUGGUAGAAAUUGAUAACGAUGAUCAAGUGGGUGUCAAGUAUGAAGAAAUAGAAACAAGUCAAUAUGAAGAGUAUAUCACUGAUGAUCAGUAUGAGGAAGUUGAGGAACAAGUCAUUGGGAUGCAGCAUUUGGAAGAAGAUUAUAAAAUUACAGUUGGUAGUGAAGAAGUUAUCCUGCCAGGGAUGGCAGGAGAUGACGCUUUGCAUAACUCCAGUGAAGUUAGCUAUGAUUCAGUGUAUACGCCCGCAUCUACAAGUAAUAAUAAUAAUAGAGUAAAUCGUGGGCGGCCACGCACACAACCACAAAGUAUUCAGCAUUUAAUGCCAAUAGGUGAAGUACCAAUGGGUUUAAUGGAUGGCACAAGUAAUCGAGGCACUGCAAGAAGAUGGGAACAAAAGCAGGUUCAAAUUAAGACUAUGGAAGGAGAAUUCUCUGUCACUAUGUGGGCUACUGGCGAGGAUGAUGAUGAUGGAUCAAAUCCAGAACCAGAUCCAGACUACACAGAAUAUAUGACUGGUAAAAAGAAUGUACUAGGAAAUGAUGCUAUGCCAGGUUUAGAUUUAUCAGACCCAAAGCAGCUGGCGGAAUUUGCUCGACCCGGACACAAAAUAAGACUGAAGAAACCGUCUCCUGAAUCCUCAGAUAGAACUAUAGCUUGUCCACAUAAAGGGUGUGCGAAAAUGUUCAGAGACAAUUCAGCGAUGAGAAAACAUUUACAUACACACGGACCAAGAGUACAUGUUUGUGCAGAAUGUGGGAAAGCUUUUGUAGAAAGCUCGAAGCUAAAACGUCAUCAAUUGGUUCACACUGGUGAGAAGCCGUUUCAAUGCACUUUUGAGGGAUGUGGAAAGAGAUUCUCACUAGAUUUUAAUUUAAGAACCCAUGUCCGCAUUCACACUGGUGAUCGACCAUACGUGUGUCCAUUCGACGGGUGUAAUAAAAAGUUCGCGCAAAGUACAAACCUCAAGUCGCAUAUAUUGACCCAUGCCAAAGCAAAAUCGAGAAACUCUUUAUCUCGCAACAGUGGGCCUGCAUAUGAUUCAGCCCGAACAACACCUCAAUUCGUCCAGUUGGAAAUGUCGCCGGACGAUUCUAACCCUCAAUUAAUAUUCUACACACAUGAAUGAGACUUAAGUGAUAGUGAAGUGUAAAGUGUACAGACUUUUGUAUUUAGUGAAGUGUAAAUGGAGUUUGGAAUGGACAUCAAUUUCAGGUUAUGUUGGAUUAC